UAUUAGAAUUGAAGUCUUGAGAAAAAUUUAAAUUCCAUAUAUUCCACAAUUCUGAUUUUGAAAAUAUAAUUUUGAAGCCUUUAAAUUUUAAAAAAAUUCAAAAUUUUGAUUUUGAAAGAAAAUUAUCAGAAACCGCCGCUUUUGAUUUAAUAUUACCAUGGAAAGUUGUUUGAAAACUACAACCUGUUGUUGCCUAGGGUUGCCAUGGUGCUUAGCACUUGUUUGCUGGAUGUUCCAGUGACCCAUAUGUCAGAAUGUUUUUAUAAUUGUUGUCAAAUUAACAAAAACUUGAAAAGGAUUUCAUUCUUGGUCACGCACAAAAAAUGGACGCUAAUAAAAAUAAUUCGAGUAAACGUACCAUUGCCUAUGUGGAGGAGGUCUAUCGUCAGAUUCAACAAAAACCCGACAUUGCUGACAUUAUGAUACUCAACAGCAAAGGUAAUCCCAUCAAGACCACCAUGGAGAAAUCUGAGGCCAUACAAUUUGCUGGACUCUACGAGAGUCUGAGGGACAAGGCAACCAUGGGAUUGCAGAAAAUCGAUCCCACGGAUGAAAUAACAAUGCUGCGAAUACGAACAACUAAAAAUGAAUCCCUGAUUGUGCCGGAUGGUAAAAUUACGGUUGUGGUUAUCCAAAAUGCCAAGGAUCUUUAUUGCAAAUAGAAUUUGUUAUGAAAAACUGAAAUAUAUUAUUCGUUAUUGUACCACAACAAUUGUAAAUUCCUCUUCGGGAGCAAUCAAGUAUUC